AUGGGACAGGAGUUGGUCAACAAAGAAGAAUUGGCCAGAAAGAUGGGCGUUUGCCUGAAUUUUAAGGUAAGUCUAAUAAUAAUAAAUAAUAAUAAUAAUCUUGUGGUACUAAUAAUUAAUUAAUAUUAAAUUUACUGUACUAUUAAUAAUUAACUUUACUAUUAAUAAUUACUGUACUAUUAAUAACUACAGUACUAUUAAUAACUAAAGUUAAGCUCCUGUAUAACGAACUAACCAAGAAUUUUUAAUUUGUUCGUUAUAAAAGAGUUUUUCUAAUCUAAACACAGUGAAACUCCUGUAUAACAAAUCUUCUGUAUAACAAACAACUCUUACAUCCCAAUCUAUUGUUAAACUGUCUAUUUAAAACUCAUGUAUAACAAAAUAAAUCAAGUAUUAAAAAUUUUUUUGUUAUAAAGGAGUUCGUAAAUAUAUAGAUUAGAACUUCUUUAUAACGACGAUUCUGUAUAAAAACUCUGUUUAACAAAAACUUUGCAUAACAAACAACUCUUAAAUCCCUACCUAUUGUCACACAGUCUAUUUAAAACUCUUUUAUAACGAAUCAAUCAAAAAUUUGAUAUUUGUUCGUUAUAAUGAAGUUCGUGAUUCUAAAUACAGUGGAACUCAUGUAUAACAAAGCUCCUGUAUAACAAACAACUCUUAAGCAUAUCUAUUGAAUAGCAAUAUUAUUCUUUACAACACAAAUCUUUCGAAAAUUGAUUUUUAACAUUACUAACACAUGUAAUUUUAAAUUUUGAAUUUAAAAAAAAAUUUAUUUUCAGUUAACGCCAGGCGGAGGAUUCCUCCGUACCACGCCGGCCGAAAGGGCCGAAAUCCUGGCCAACUUGGGCAAGGAAAAUAAAGAAGAAGGUAGGUUAAUAAUAAUACUGAUAAUAACAAUAAUAAUGAAAAAAAAAUGAUAAUGUUAACAAAAUUGAUAAUUGAAAGCAAUAUAAUAUUAGGUUGUUCAAGUAAUUCUAAGCCCUAUAACUCCAAAAAUAUGCUUUAGAAAGGAGCACAGAAUUAUCUGAACAACCCGGUACAAUAAUGAAUAAAUAAUACUAAUAAAAAGCCCUUUGAUGUCGCCGUAACGUACAAUAACAAUAUAUGUUACUGUAUAUAGUAUGUACUAUCCAAAACUACUUUUUAUAAGCUUUUAAUCAACAAAAUUAAGUUAAACAGUAAUUAAACAUAGUAAACUACAACAAUUUCGAAAAUCAAUUUAAAUUAAUUUCAGUGACACCAAAGGCUGAACCAAAGCCAGAACCCUACCCCCAAGUCAAGGCCGACCCCUACAUUAAGAAGGAGCACGGUGGUGCAGGCUUCUGCGGCGGCCGUGACAUCAAGCGUGAGGUGAAAGCCGAGCGCUGGGUGAAACAAGAGCUCGGCUGUUCUAGCCACCGUGCAGAACCAAGCCGUCGCCAGCCGUACCAGACUAACAUAAGUGGCCGCGACGAAGUCCGGGACCGCGGUCAGAAGAAGCCAUUCAACUCCGUGGAGCCUCAGGUUCCACGGAAAUUCAUCAAUACGGAACCGGGUCUUGAAGAAACCGGUUCUUCUCGUUGGCAGCCAAACCAACCUGCCAACCACCGCCGCCAUGCAGCCAACCAACGCCAGCCUGCCAACCCACGCCCAUCCACCAAAGCCAGCCAGCCCACCAAGCCGCACCAGUCCACCAAACCCAGCCGGUCAACCAAGCCAAACCAGCCCGCCAAGCCCAGUCAACCAACCAGGCCUAGGCCACCAGCCAAGAUGGGGCCCAGUUUCGAAGAGCUGAUGGCCAUCGCGGCGAAGAAACAAGCGGAGCCAUUCACGCUCCCUUCGCGGCCCGUUCCGAAGCCGUUCACGGUGAAGCAGGAGGUCUUCAACGAAGACGAGUGGCGCCAGAUGAGAGAGGAAAAGAAAGAGAAGAAGAGGGCCAUGAUGCUGGUGAAGCAGGAACCGGCGGAGGAACCACUGCUCGAGCCUCCGGUGAUAAUGAGGCGUAUCAAGGAGGAGCCGGUGGAAGAACCGGUACCAACGCCGGCGGUGAUAAUGAAGAGCAUUAAGAAGGAGCCGUUUGACCCGUUCCUGGCUGAGAUGGAGCUCCAAAUUGGAGCAUACGAAAUGGAAAGGGGGCUACAACAAUAG